AUGGUAUUACAACGGUUGGUCAAAAGGUUUGAGGGUGGCUCUUCGGAUUUCAAGAACGUGUUGUGGAAGUUUACUAUCGAGCGGGGGUUCGAAUAUACUUUGUCAAAAAAUGACAAGGUUCGUGUUACUGCACAGUGCAAAUAUCGAGCGGUCAAAAAAUGCAUGUGGCAUGUGCAUGCCAGAAUAAUGCCAGGGAAUGAGUAUUUCCAUAUCUUAGGCAUGGACCUAGCUCACACAUGUGGUUUUGCCGUACGAACGCUUACUAACCCACUUGCCACAGCGGAGUUGGUUGCUGACUUAGUUGGCAAUGAUGUUCGGGCCAAAAGCACGAACCCGGGCAGCCACAUUGAAUUGGAAAGUGACGAGGAAACUAAGCGGUUCAAAAGGUUGUUUGUUGCUUUCGGUGCAUGUUUGCAAGGAUUCAAUCAGUGUCGCCUCCUAAUUUUCCUUGACGCAGCCCAUCUUAAAGGGAGGUAUAGGGGGACAAUAAUGGCAGCCACUGGGAAGAAUGGCAACCAAGGUAUUUUUUCAAUCUGUUUUGCAAUUGUUGAUGGUGAAACUUACAAAAAUUGGCGUUGGUUUUUGGAGCAUUUACGAUCAAUACUUGCGCCUGGGAGGGAUAUCACCUCCAUAUCGGACCGUCAUAUGGGGUUGCUUAUGGCUAGGCGGGACAAGAGGAAUUUAAGAGAUCAUUUGAAAGGAACAACAAGAGCUUAUAGAAAGAGGGUGGUGGGUGAAUUUGUUCGUUGUGCAUAUGCUCCUACACAGGAGAUUUUCCACCAAAACAUGACUAAGCUUUUGAGUCGUGAUGAUGGUAAGGUGGAAGAAUUCCUAACAAAUUUACGCUAUGAAAAUUGGAGCAACGCAUUUUUCUGGGGGCAACGGUACGAUGAAAUGACAUCCAAUGUUGUCGAAUCAUUCAAUGCAUGGAUUGAGGGUGAGAGGCACCUUCCGAUCACAAUUCUUGUUGAUGAGUUAAGAAAGAAAAUCAUGAACCUAAUGUCGGAGAGGAGAGAAGAAAUAAGCAAAUGGGGAUGCCAAAUUUGCCCAGAAAUGGACAAAAGGAUGAGGGCAUCGUUCAAUGAAUCGAGGACAUGGGUAGUCAGCGCAGCCGGUGAUGGUGUCUAUGAGAAAUGGCAACUUACUGGGUUUCCAUGUGCCCACGCUGUUAUCGUGCUUUUAUCGAGCGGGAAGGAUAUGACCGAGUAUGUUGACCCCUACUACUUUUCACAAACAUUCCGUGCCUCUUACUCCACCUCGAUCCACCCGAUACCAACUGUGUGGAUGCCUGAGCGUCCGGUUGAUGAGGAUUUUCUCCUUCCUUCACCUUUGCAAGAAGCCACCCGAGAGACCCAAGAAUAA